CCCCGGGCCCCCAGGCGGGGCGACCGGCAUCGGCCCCCAGGCGGGGCGACACGGCAUCGGGCCCCCAGGAGGGGCGACAGGCAUCGGGCCCCCAGUGGAGGGGCGGGCCAGGCGGAUCGGGCCCGGACCCCCAGGUGGAGCGACAGGUCUCGGGCCCUCAGGCGGAGCGGCGGGCUCCGGACCCCCAGAUGGAGCGACAGGUCUCGGGCCCUCAGGCGGAGCGGCGGGCGCCGGACCCCCAGGUGGAGCGACAGGUCUCGGGCCCUCAGGCGGAGCGGCGGGUGCCGGACCCCCAGGUGGAGCGACAGGUCUCGGGCCCCCAGGCGGAGCGACAGGUCUCGGGCCCUCAGGCGGAGCGGCGGGCGCCGGACCCCCAGGUGGAGUGACAGGUCUCGGGCCCUCAGGCAGAGCGGCGGGCGCCGAGUCAUCUGGCACGACAGUGGGCUCCGAGUCAACUGGCAUGACCGCUGGCACUGGGUCAGACAUUGGAUCGUCUGGCUGGACAGCGGGCAUCGG